AUGAAUUCAGUUGUCAAAGCCAUCCUAGACCGGUCUACGCUGAAGGUCUCCCUCAUCAGAAUCAGCAAUGCCACAGAAGACACCUUCGAUGUCAGCAUUGAAAGCCGAGUAGAGAAGACCGGCUUUGUUGGUGCUACAAUAUCGGAGAUGGAGGUCGACAUGGUGUUCCGCGGCGUGUGUUUUGGAAAGCUCCAGCUCCCCGAGGUCCAGACCAGGUCGAGCGGAGCAGAUGUAAAUUUUUACAACCAGCGCGUCAAGAUCCUCGACAUGAACGCCUUUAAAGCCUUCGUCGAAGCUCUCAUGCUGGAAGACAGCCUGGUGCUCAGCUUAAAGCAGGGCCAUUGCUCGAUCAGAGCUCUUGGUCUGACGAGCAACGUUGUCUACAACAAGGACGUGCAGCUCAGGGGGAUGAAAGGGCCUCGAGUCGCACUGGCAGAGACUACGGCUACCACGAACACGAUGAAGGUCAGCAAUCCAAGUCCACUGGAGAUCGAUCACGGAAUCAGCAUGUUCGAUAUUGUCAACGAGAAGGGAGAGGUCGCGGCUGAGCUGAAGGGGAGGCUCUGUAUCGUCAGAGGCGAUUUCGACAGCCAAAUGGACAUAUCAUUCAACAAAGGGGCCUCGGUGGAGGGUAGAGCUCAGCUUGUUGGGCGUGGGACGAGUUGCCAGAAUUGGACCAACGACACUCUCAAGUUCAUACACACGGAGGUCGAUGUGAACCCCGUCUUUAGCUCGUUUCUGUAG